AUACAGAAUGGUUUGGGCUAGAUCUAUUCGAGUCCGUUGGAUUUCGAUAGGAGAGAAAUAGUAAUUUGAACCUGUGGCUCCGAGAAUUCGAAUCUGUCAACCAUGUCAGCUGGCAUUUUUUUUUUUUUUUGUAUUUGUUUGACCAGAUCUUGAUCUAGGAACUGUAGACACUUUUCGGAUCUGCUAGGAUGAAUCGGAUCCAACGACAGAGCGGAUUUUCAGUUUGCGAAGAGAUUAGAUCAGGAUCUUCUGUCGUUUGCCCAAAGCCUCGCCGACUGGGCCUCCUUAACGCCGCCGUUCAUGACCACCACCCAAUCAGAUCUCUCAGAUGGCAUCUCAACCACCAAUCGGAGCUUUGUGAUUCGAAAGCAGGGACAGAUCUUUUGGACGCCAUCCUCACAAAGGGUGGUUAUGGUGUGGAACAAUCUAGUCAAGUAGCCUCGUCGCCCCCAUUUUUCAGCGGGUCGCCGCCGAGCAGAGUAGCUAACCCAUUGAUUCAGGAUGCUCGAUUCGGGGAUGAGAAGCUCACCCCAUUCUCCUCGCUGGCGCCAGUUCCUCCUCCCUCAGGUCUGUCCUCGCCUACAUCAUCGUCCGCAAGGAAAGGAGGCUGUGUGAGGGCCAAUUUUGGGAACAAACCAGCGGUGAGGAUCGAGGGGUUUGAUUGCCUGGACAGGGAUCGACGUAAUUGCAGUAUCCCUGCCCUCGCAUAAAACUUGUCUCCUGUCGAACAAAAGGUGUAUAGGAAAAAAAAGAUUAAAGUUCACUAUAAAAACAAUCAAUCAAUCAAUCUUUGAUAGAGCGAGAAGAAUUUUGAAACUACCAGUGAGGGAAAAAGAGGGAGAUCCUUUUGUAUUGUGUAAAUAUGUUUUAAAGGGUUCUCUGUAGAGAGGUAACUUGUCAUGUAUGUAAAUGAGAUUUUUACUAAAUAAUGAAAAGGAGUCUUUAGGUUGUUUUGUUAGGGAAGGUAAAAAUAGAGGUUUGUGAGGGGUGUGGAGUUUGGGUUGAGAAGUCUUUGCUUACCACACCCAUCUUUGUAUUGUAAAGUCUAGUCUGAUGGGGAAUUUUUCAUUGUAUUUUUCUUGUGGGUGCUUAAAAGUUUCAAUGAGCGGCUUGUGAAGAGAAUCUGUAAACAUUAAAAGUUGCCGUUGAGUCCAAUCUAAGCAGUCAUUUUACACUUGUAUAUACACUGUUCUUGAGUUUUAA